UUUAUCAGUGUCUCAGUUCUGUGUUUUGUGUUCAUGCUUAGUGAAAACAACUUCUCAAGUCUAUACCAAAUAUCAUGAUUUAGAAUGAAAGUGAUGGUAAAAUGUUUGCUUCCACGCGUCUCAUCUUCAUGGUAAUGUCUGAAAAUGAAAUGGAUAGAAGAAUGAGAGUUGCUUUCAUUGCCAUAAAACUUUGAGCUCCUAUUUGCACAGCUUGACGAGACCAAGCGGUGCCACAACCAGUUGGAGAGGAAGUUGCAGCCUAACAGGUUUCACCACCGGCAACCACCCCAAACAUUCUCAAGCCCUAAACUUUGGAAGGAUUCUACGUAGGAUCUGAGAAAACCUGCUGAAUUAGCUUCAUCAUCAGCAAAAUGAGUUUAGAUGAUACAAUUUUGCAAUUCGAGGAGAUGGAUCCAACGAAGAUCUAUAAAGCUGAGGAGAUGGAUCCAACGAAGAUCUAUAAAGCUAUAGUUGACAAUGACCGCAUCACACUCUUUAAAAACACAAGGAUGAAUUCCUACCUACAAGAUUCUAAGAAUAUUCUCAAGCCGAUAACGGACAACGAGGACUCCAUUCUACAUGUUGCAACAAAAUUCAAACAAAAGGAGUUUGCUGAAAAACUCAUCAAGUCGAACCAAUCACUUAUUGAUCUGAGAAAUAAGAAAGGUGACACUCCACUACAUGUUGCAGCAAGUAUAGGGUGUUCGGACAUCAUAAAUCUCCUAAUAGAUUGUUCAAGUUCACAUAUUUUGGAGACGCUGAACAUAGACCAGGAUACAGCAUUGCACGUUGCUGUGAGAAAUGCUCAACACUCGGUUGUGGAGUUACUAAUUGGCCACAAACCAGGGCUAGCUAAGAAGGUGAAUGAAGCCGGAGAAUCCGCACUCUUUCUUGCUGUAGACAGAGACAAUUACGAUAUUGCUAAUUUAAUCUUAGCAGUUCCACAUCAAUCAAUAUGCUGUCGAGGAAGGGACCAUAUGAAUGUGUUGCACGUAGCCAUCAUUCGGAUGCUGACAAAGAGUCAAGAGAAGUACUCCUUAUAUACUGCCUUAAUUAGAAGGGUUGCCCGCUCCGAAGUUCCACCAAAAGAUUACGGUGAAACAGUUUUUAAUUUUCUGUUGGCGGUGAUAAAAGAAGAGCCAAAUUUAGCCUCGGAAGCUGAUGAUUUUGGGUGGACUCCUCUGCACUAUGCUGCACACUACGGCAGCGUGCAAGUCGUGGAACUGUUAUUACAACAUGCAGGUUCUUCGGCAGCUUACAUAAAGGACGAGGAAGGAAUGUCUGCUCUUCACAUUGCAGCCGAGAGAGGCCACCAUGAGGUAGUGGAGAAGGUGGUUUCACAAUUUCCUAGUACGUACGAACUAUUGGACAAUAAAGGCCGUACGCCCCUCCAUGUGGCUGCGGAAACUGGGAAAAGCUUCCGGACAUUCAAGUUUCUGCUUGACAAAGUGCCUGAUGAUCUCAUAAACAAGCAAGAUAGCAGGGGCAACACGCCGUUGCAUCUGGCUGCUGUCCACCCACGUUUCAGAACACUAAAUGCACUGGCAGGGGAUAAAAGAGUGGACAAAGGGGCUAUUAACAAGGAAGGCCUAAGUUGCUUGGAAAUUCUUAAAUCAAAUGCUAUGAAGAGUCCGUAUAUGAAGAUGUUGAUCCCUAACUUUGGCUAUCUACCAAGUUUGCAAGCAGCAUUUCCCAGAAGAACCAUCAAAUUAGUACAAACUACUGGGGCCAGCGAACCACAAAUCGAGAAUAGAAACACAUCAAAGCAAGAAGAAAAUGACUCGUCUAUUAAUGGGAAAACAGAACAAGGGGUAGAUACUUCUUUUGAUAAGGAGAAGGCUAAUGUCAACUUACUUGUAGCAACCUUCGUUGCCUCUGUCACCUUCUCAGCUAUUUUCGCCGUGCCUUACAGAAAGGAUGGUGCAACUUAUGGUCAGAAGUCGGCUUUCAGCGCAUUUGCGAUUGCGAAUUCCACCUCAUUUGCUUUGUCAACUGGAUCAAUGUUUCUCCAUUUCUUGGCUUUUGAAGUGAGAGAAAAAUUCCCUGAAGUAUUCUCACGAUUGCUAACUGUCUCCAACGCAUGCAUUCCAUGGGCUGUUCUUGCAUUGGUGAUAGCUUAUUCUACAGGCUCAUAUGGAGUCUUGGCUAAUUUCAAUCCGAAAAUUGCUUCUUGGGCCUUCGGACUUGGUCUAUUCUACUUUUUUGGCACAUUCCUCCAUGGCAUGAAGCUGGAAAAUCACAUCGUACCUGAUAGGCUACGUCAUUCAAUGAGGAAGGCAGGCAAGAACGUGAAGGACCGUGCAUGCGGCAUGCAUGCAAUGAGGAAGGCAGGCUAGACUGGGUCGUGGCUAGGGAAAGUUUACGCACGAAGGGGUCUUCAGUAGUUCCGUAUUUUACGUCAUUUUCUUUUCGUUAGUUUUAUUUUGUUUUUAUGCUCUGUUUCAGGCUCUGUUUUACGAGCGUUGCAUUCAGUUAUUAGUCCGCACGUUUUCCUUUUAUUUCGGUUUGCAGUUUACAUGAUUCUGCUUGUGAUACCCCAUAUGAUAUGGAUAAGGGUAGGUGGUGUA